GCCGCGGGCGGAAACCUAGUAUGAAAUAAAUUUACAUAAUAUCUACAAUGAACUUUAACUCUUCAGAAACAAAUGCUAAUAAGUGCAGUAUUUGUCGUCAUUUUUAAUCCGUCAUCUUAACGACCUUUGGUAAUGAGAUCCUUUAUCACACGGAUGUUACAAUUCGAUUGUAAUCACCUUCAAUAAAUUAUUCUUAGAAACAAACGCGUGCAUUCGUUCUUGUUCUUUAUUUAUUAUAUUCACUUGUCUAAUAUAAUUCAGUAUUGAUCGAUCGCCAAACUACAAUAGGGCGUUACUGAACAGUUUUUACUUACAUUUUUUACAUCUUCCAAGAACCAUAGUAAUUGUUGUUUUUGUUACGCGGUUUGGGAACAUCUCAUUAUGUCAUCAGCUUUCAAUGAAAUCUGCGGUCAAUUUUCAAUUACUAUGUAGUCGUCAGAGUGUGUGUGUGUAUCGUGCUUUAUUAUAUAAUUAUUAAAUAUAUAAUUACAAAAUGCAUUUACAAGUGCCAGUGUUAGUAAUAUUUUUGACUCUAUGUCACAGUGUUGUUUUUGGUAUUUACGUGACAAACCUCAAUGAGUCCUGUAUUCGAUGCCUAUGUCACGUAGCUGGUUGCGAUCUCGCCCAUACUUGCUCUGGGGGUUAUUGUGGUCCUUUCUAUAUAUCCAGAGUAUACUGGGUGGAUGCUGGGAAACCUACGUUACCUGAUGACAAUCCUGAUAGGAAGGAAGCCUACGAGGACUGCGCCAGGGACUACCAUUGCUCCGUGACAAUUGUUCAAAGCUACAUGGCCAAAUUUGGAACGGAUUGCAAUGGAGACGGUGUGACUGAUUGCUACGAUUACAUGAUGAUCAACCACCACGGAGGGAGGGCGUGCUCUGAACCUCUAUACCUCACACCUCUAGGUCUGCGACGCUUGAAGCUGUUCCAAGAAUGCCGUUUCAAAUAACCAUGUACUGACUAAAAUAAGCUAAUAAAGAGUAUCAUUUGA